AUGGCUAAUAUAAUGCCCAUUCCUCUACCUCCUCGAACACCUACACCUCCCCCUGACGAGAUGUCCUCGCCUCAGAAACCUGCAGCAUUCGAUCCAGAACCUCCAUAUGACCCGAGGUCACUGUCACCGCACCAGUACGAUCCCGAAUACAUGCCCUCACCUGGAGUCGCAUACUUCUCCCCCGCAACCCCUGAAAAACAAAGCGUGAAUAUCAAUGGAAAUGGAACAGGACCAUUCAACUUCCAGCCAUCGACGCUAGCCAAGUCUCCAGUGAUCAAAUCUAACAUCGGCCAGAGGCGCGGCCAUAAGUACAAACACAGCAGUGUCUCACACCAAAUUUUCCUUGAACCUCCUCCGCGGGCGCCUUUAGCGUUACCCAACUCACUUCCGAUUCCUACGUUCGCAGAAUGCCGAGCUAGCAUGACGAAAGAUCAAAAGGUUCGCUUCUACUGGAGCAUCUGUCACAUGGCUAUCGCAGGCUACACGGCAUGGAACGCGCAUGGUUCGUCUGCAAUGGAAGCUCUAUCGCACUUGAUCUUUUAUGACUCGUUGGGAGCAUUGUUGUGUGUCUUGGUGGAAGUCCUUUCCAAUUUCGAAGUAUGGGGACGGUCAAGCGUACGGCAUCCGUUCGGUCUACAACGUAUGGAAGUCAUUGCUGGAUUCGCCCUCUCUGUCCUGUUGAUUUUCUUUGGCUUCGACCUUAUCUCGCACAACGCAAAGCACGCCCUGGAAGGUAUUGGGCACGAGCCUCACCAUCCACACAUACACGAACAAGUCACAGCUGGCACCGUCGACGUGACGGCGAUACUAGCUCUCGUCGCAACAUUGAUCUCCGCAGUGGGCCUACAGAAUCACGCACGAAUAGGGAAAGCGAUGCGUUUCGCAGCCAUGGAGAAUCUGCCAUCACUACUUAGCAACCCUUGUCAUUUUCUGACACUCUCUUGUUCGGCAACAGUCUUACUACUCCCUCUUCUCGACCUUCACACCUAUGAAUGGGUGGACAAAGCCCUGUCACUGAGUAUCGCAUUUUCCAUGCUCUUUUUGGGCUUCCACCUUGGCCGCAAUGUUGGUUCGAUGCUCCUGAUGUCACUGCCCUCGAAAUCCGCCUCUGCUCUAUCCGAAGUCGUGGAGACGAUUGAAUCCGACCCCUUGGUGCGAGCAGUCGAACAAGCCAAGUUUUGGCAAGCACACUAUGGCACAGGUAUGGCGAAUCUGCGACUCCGAGUCGUUGGUAGCGAAGAGAACCUGGUGAAGCUCAGGGAACGGAUCACGAGUAUUGUGCGGAACAAAUUGAGCGGCGGGUAUGGUUUGGGAAGCAGUGGCCAGAAAUGGGAAGUAAGCGUCCAGUUCAAAGUCGAAGCGGAAACGGCGAUGAGUGCAAGUCAUAGUCAUUUCAUGAGUCCUCAGUCAUGGGUGGGAAUGACGACUUAA